AUGCGCAACUAUUAUUGAUAAGAAUGAUAAAUAGUGCCAAUUUUCAUCAUACAUUAGAACUAUGUUUUUUUGUCCUAAUUAACUUUUUAUUUGUUAAAAUAACAGACUUGGCAACCAGACAUUGUUUUAAGCAAUGCCAUUGAAACAGACCCUGUUGCACACACACACACAGGCCUAUGUAAAUUUGGUGGCGCACGCAUGGCGCACAAAGCCAAAGAUAGAGUAACAAAUCAGGAAUUUCCCUCCUGCCACUCCUGAGAGCGCAAGAGAGGACAAAAGUUACGGAUUAAGCUCUUCUCUUCCGAGAGGAAAAAAGCGAAAGGCAGCUAAUUCGCUCUGCAUUUCUUUUUUUGUCAAGACUAUCAUCAUAUAUCCACACGUUUCCACGCGCGUAGAGAAAGAGCAUUGUUUUGGAAAAAAGUUUUUUAUUUCAUCAUGAGUCUGGACACACGGGCUUUGCAUGAUGAACUCUUUUAGCAACUUUUAUGGAAUAAAGUGCGCACUGCAGGAGAACAGAGUUUAUCAAGAAUACUGUGAUUUGCAAGUUUUAUGACUUAUUUCCAGCUGCUCGGUUUUGGAUAGCAGCAGUCGCUGGUCACUUUUCUUUGCUGCUGACUUUCUCGAUGGCGUAGGUGGUUGCAAGAAGUUUUUUAAUCACCUUUUUUUGGGGGGACAAGGAUUUUGAUCUUUACCAAGCAGAUACAUCUGGAUUAUUAUGUGCGUAAAACCAAAUCGGAGUGUUUAAAAAGCCAGUGAAAAAGCCACCAUCAUCACUUUCCGGAGAGGGGAAAUGCGGAGUGGAAACGGCGUCUAGAAGGAUGCUGCUGCUUCUACAAUGGAAGUGAAGAACUCUUUUGCUGUUGUUGCGGUGGUUUGUCUGUUCUUUUGCUCCGGUUUCAGCCAAGAACUCAACCCCAAAGGCAGGAAUGUAUGCAAAGCACCUGGAUCACCGGGAUCUGUGUGCUGCGGUGGAUGGGGGCAGUUAGGGGAUGAAUGCCUGACACCUCUCUGCGAAGGCAACUUCACCUGCAAGGAGAAUGAGGUGUGUGUCAGGCCGAAUGAAUGUCGCUGUCGUCAUGGAUACUUUGGAGCUAGCUGUGACACCAAGUGCCCUGCCCAGUUCUGGGGCCCUGACUGCAAGGGGAAAUGUAACUGUUACCCCAACGGCCAGUGCGAUGACUUGACCGGCGAGUGCACCUGCAACCACAAUCGUUGGGGCCCUUACUGCGAGAACGCUUGCUUAUGCCAAAAGGGAAAAUGCGACCAAGAGACGGGCAGAUGCACAUGUCACCCUGGCGUCUGGGGUCCCCAGUGCAACAACAACUGCUACUGCAGCAUCAACUCUAUCUGCGACUCAAUGACGGGGCGAUGCAUGUGCAAUCCCGGUUGGACGGGGAGGAACUGUGCAAUCCAGUGCAACUGCAACAACUCACCGUGCGACCAGUUCACGGGGCGCUGCCAGUGUCGGGAGAGGCUGUGGGGCCCGCGGUGCGAACGCUACUGCCAGUGCAUCCACGGCAAGUGCAACCAGGCGGACGGCUCGUGUACCUGCACGCCAGGGUACCGUGGGAAGUUCUGCAGGGAGCCGUGUCCUGCCGGGUUCUAUGGUCAAAACUGCAGGAACAGGUGUGGACACUGCAAGGGCCAGCAGCCCUGUAAGGUGACAGAGGGUCGCUGCAUCACCUGUGACAGGGGCUGGAAUGGGACACGGUGUGACCAGCUCUGCUCCAAAGGCUUCUUUGGCGAAAAUUGCCAGGAAGUGUGUCCCACCUGCAAAGACGGUCACCACUGCGACCCCAUUCAUGGCAAGUGCUCUCACUGUAACCCUGGCUGGAUUGGGGACAGGUGCGAGGUGCGCUGCCCCAACGGCACAUAUGGGGAGAACUGCGAGAACAACUGCAGUCACUGUUUUAACGGCAUCUGUCAUGUUGUCACCGGAGAGUGCUUGUGUGACCCGGGAUUUUAUGGCACAUACUGCAAUAUGACCUGUCAACCCGGCCAGUAUGGAGUGAACUGCAACCAAACCUGCUCUUGCAAUGACAAGAACUGUGAUCCCGUGUCUGGCGCUUGCUAUCUCCAGCCCAACCAGCGGAUGGGUGUGAUCGCGGCUGGAACCCUGGUCUCCUUUUUGCUGAUCGUCCUCCUCUCGCUGCUGUGCUGCUGCUGCCUGUGUCGACACAAAGACGACCACAACAAAAAAGCCAAGCGGAUCCUGUGUGGACGAUUCAGCCGAAUCAGCACAAAACUUCCCCGUAUUCCACUGAGGCGACAGAAACUGCCCAAAGUAGUCGUAGCCCACCACGACCCAGAGAACACCUUCAACUGCAGCUUCAUCGAGCCCCCCUCGGUGGCCGAGCAGCCCUCCCCCUCCUCCUGGUCGUCCCAGGAGUCCUUCUCUUCCUUUGAGAGCGGAGACGAGGGGCCAGUUUACUGUGUGCCCCAUGAAGAAUCUGUGAACGAGAGCAAAGAGAAGCGCAGCCCCAGCCCAGCAGCAGAGAAGCCAGAAGUAGUUGCUAAUGAGGAUGAUGCAGGGGAGUACACCUCCCUGAAAGACACCAGUGUCACAAAACCAGAAGGCAGCGAGCAGCCCCUGCUCAAGUCCUCCGACAGCGAAGGCUCCACCAGUGGCUCCGAGUCCACUACUGCGGCCCUCUACGCUCGCAUCGCCCGCCUCUCCAAGCAGUCCAAGGAGGACGAUGGGGAUCGCACUCCUACACCAGAGGUUAAGCGCAAUGGAAAGCCACCGCCUUCACCUGGCAGGCCCAAACCACGGCCACCAGACCCGUCCACUAAGCCCAAAGUAUCGUGGAUACACGGAAAUACUACAGGGCAGCCAGAGCAACAGGGGCCCGGGGGAAUGAAGGCACUCGCAGUGCCGAAGGAGAAAAAGAGGAGCUCCAGCGAUGGCUCAGCCAAGAGCGAGGAGCGGCAGAAAAUGAAGGAGAGGAGUCGUGAGCAACAGAAGAAGCAAGAGGUCAAGGAGGCAGACGCCAAUGGCUCCCCCAGCAAACACAAACCUCUGCGAGGUAAGAAGUCUGGGGACGAGCACAGCAGCCCCAGUCACAUGGAGCACAUCAAUGGCGUGGUUCAGAAUGCCCUCAAGAAGAUAAGUAACUUCCACAGCUCCUCGUCUGAGAAGAAGAGCGCUGACAGUCCAAAGGAGACCCCCAAGGAGCCACCCAAGAGCCCCAAGGUCAUCCACCCUCACAUGAACUCUGAGGCUGCCACGCUCCUAGCUGCUCAGCUCAAGGAGAAAACCCAAAGCAUCAACAGGAACGAGGGGACGGGUCUGACGAAGACCAACGGUCUCUCCACACCCAAGGGAAACCGGGAGAAGCCAACACCUCCGCAGAAAGCCAAGAGGACCCCCUCCAGUGGAUUGAGCAGCCAGCAGGGCUCCACCAAGCCCCUGCUGCCCACCUCGAGCAGCCUCCAGAAGAUGGUGGCACCCGUCGCCACCGACCUCGGGACCCCUGAAGCCAAGAGCCCGGAGAAGCAGGACUUGAACGGCUCAAGGGCAGGGGACCCGAUGUUGGAUGCUACACCAAAGAAGACUCCCAUAAAAAAGCCGCCCAGGAAGAAAGGCAAGGAAGGUACUUUGGAUACGUCGGAAACUAAAACACCCCAGCAAAAGACAGCCAUUAUGCCCCCACAGGUAGUGAAAUAAGUGUUUUUUUAAAGACAAAAGGCCAAAGUUUGUGAUGGAUUUCAAAGAGACUAAAAUGGAUUUGUUUGAACCACAUAGUUUUUCAAUCAAGGAAUUUUAACAUUUUCUGUGUGAGUGUGCUGCGACUCCAGGACCAGUCAAGAGUGAGAAAUGCUUUAAAAUGGAGGGCGCGGUUGAGUCGUAUUGGUGAGUUGUAUUAUACAGUAAUGACCUCUAUACACCAGUGUAUUUCAUUUCAAGAAUCCCUUUUUUUUGUGUAACGACUAUGUAUCAAGCUCACACCACAACCUGUGGCUAAGCCGGACACAACUGUGAGAACAGUGGUGCACAGACAUAAUCCCUAGUUCAUUCAUCUCUAUUCCUCUGCAGUAUGUCCACCACUAUAUUUAUAUAUGGAUUGCUUUUGAGGUUGCAUUACUGUAAGUUGCAUUGCAGGUGUCGGAAAAAUAGCUAGUUUUUAUGUACGCUCUCCAAAAGGUACUAAGGGUACUAAAAAUAACAAGAAAAUUAGAUCCUCUGAGGAUCCCAAGCUAUUUUGUUUGUUUUGUUUGUGGACCAACAUGCAUAGAUACAGUUCUAUACCUUAAAGAGGACCUAUUAUGCUUUUGUGCUUUUCCUUUUCUUUUAGUAUUACAUAUUUCUUUGUGCAUAUAAAAGUUCUGCAAAGUUACAAAGCCCGAAGUCCAUGCCAAAGAGUUACUCUCCCCCACAGAAACAAUGCUCCUGAACUGCCUGAAACGCCUUGUUUGAAAUCCCGCCUUUUCUUCCGUUACGUGGUGAUGUCACAAAGUAACACAUUUUUAUAAUACCUGCCUAGCGGCUAGUUUGGCACGCCCUCAAACAAAGCUAGUUAGAGGGGAGCUGGAACGGAGUUCGAAGAGUUUGUUCGGUUGACCAAUUACAACAGUGGGCCAGCUGACCUAUCAGUGGUCCAGCUGACCUAUCAGAGCAGACUGAGCUUUUCGGGAGGGGAGGCAAGUGCUCAAACAGAGCGUUUCCGACAGAGGGUGAAAAGACAUGCUGCAGCACAGCCAGUAUGAGUAAAAUAAAGCAUUUUUUUGAAUAUUAAAGCAUGUAAACAUGUUCUAGGAGAAACCCGAACUACAAGUAUGUACAUAAAAAUAAGCAUAAUAGGUCCUCUUUAAGCCACCCUCCUCAUUCUUUAUGUCUAGGCUAUUCUUUGCAGAUGACGGUCUACUUAAUUAUUGUCAAUUUGGAGCAAGACUUUUUUAUUGGAGAACUUCUAUAGCAAAGAAAGCACCUUUUUUAUUUCACUCCUCUAUUUUGCUCGGCGGCAUGUUUAAGGUUGAUACACCACAUUAUAAGGAACACAAAAUCUGACACCCCAGAGUACACAAGUUACGCUACAUUUAGGGCUUAAUUGUCCUCUGUGCCUGUGAGUCACCUUUAAUUCCUCACUGAGCUUUAGCGUUGGUCUCAAGGCUCUUCCCUACAGAAAUGUUACACUUUUGGAUUUAAAGUCUUAGCUCUCUUUUGUCCGACUCUGUCAGACAUGGUUUGUCGAAAACCCAAACAAGCUCUUUGAUCUUUCUGCAAAAAGGGCUGCUUUAAACCUCUUUCAUACUUCGGCUAACACCAAAUCACCAGAAUGUGCUCUUACUGUACGUUUUAUUCAGUCAGCUAAACCACUAAACCAAAAAUGAAACCCCAAGCUAUUCUAUGGCCUCACUUUAUGUCAUGCUUAUAAAUCACUUUAAACUCACUUAUUUUCCCUGUAAUACAUCAACAUCUGCAAUUUCCCUAUGCCGUGUUUAAGAAUAACAUACUGCAUAGCCCCGUAAAUCAGAUGCAAUAAAUAGUUUUGUUAAGGUAAUGACUGUUGGUAGGAUUCUCUACAGAUCUGACUAAG